AAAUUAGCCUAAUUACUACAUAAUAAUUUGGGUUACGUUAAAUAGUAUAACAACCCUUUGGCUACGGUGUGUAGAAAAUGAUGUGUUAAUUAGUUCUAGAGUUUCAGAGACACUUUGGUGAAAAACUGUCUUCAUCAUCGUGUUGUUAUAUAAUAUAUUGUUCUAAUCAAUAAAUCGUAUAGCUACAUGAUGUUGUAUAACUAAUUUACGUUGGUGUUUUAUGUAUCUCGUUUCUAGGAUGGGUGAAUUACAUAGCUUCCACAUUUUUUUUCGUGAUUCUUGUAUACAUCGCUAUUUAUGUAGUUAUGCUGCGUUAAAUGCCGUGAGGCAGUGUACCGGAUCGGAUUGUGCUCGAGAUAAAGCAUCGGAUGAUAUUCCUGAUGAUUUGGAUCGGAAUGGUUCUACUGGUAUAGUGGUUCCCCCUGAGCUUUCUAAGUACAAUACGGAAUAUGAAAAAUUGCUAAUUGGAUUUAUAUCUGGAUUGUCAUCAUUUUGCAAAACAAUCCAUGUGACAAAUGGAUUGGAGUCUAACUGUGGGUUAUCUGUAUCACAUUUCAACGUUUGCGCAACAUCUGAUUUUAAGAUUCAUUAUUUUGAAACCCUGACAGGUUACAAGCUUGUUUGCAUUACAUCGCCAGACGUCAGUAGCUUAGAGUUGACUCUAAGUGCUAUAUAUACUGAUCUCAUUGUAAAAAUGGUAUUAUACAAUCCCCUAUACACAGUCGGCGGGAUGAUUAUCAAUUCUGAGUUUGACACAAUUGUGGCCAAAACGUUACGUGCAAACUUGUAAGAUAAAAAUCAGUCAACGCAAGGUAAUUCU